GGCUCGGGCAGCGCGCGGUUUUUGGUCUCGCGAGGCGGGCGGCGCGCGCGGGGAAGCGGCGGAGCGCGGGAGUUCUGUGGGGCGCGCGUCCCACCGCCUCGCGCCCAACGGCCGCGCCGCGCGGCCAUGCCGGCCCAGAACACGGCGAGCAGCGGCGGACCGCUGGGAGCCGAGAUGGGGGAGCAGGCGGAGGCGGCGGUGGCGGUGAUCACGCCGGCCAUGCUGAAGGAGGAGCAGCAGCUGGAGGCGGCGGGGCUGGAGAAGGAGCGGCAGAUGCUGGAGAAGGCUCGCACUUCUUGGGACAGGGAGUCAACUGAAAUGCGCUAUAAGAGGCUUCAACAUUUGCUUGAAAAGAGCAACAUCUAUUCCAAAUUCUUGCUAACCAAAAUGGAACAGCAGCAACUGGAGGAACAGAGGAAGAAAGAGAAAUUGGAAAAAAAGAGAGAGAUUAUGUUAAAGUCUGCCAAGGGUCAAAAUCCAGGUGAUGGCAAAGAAGAGAAAUCAGGUGCAAAAAAGAAGAGAGGAAGAGAAGAUGGGACAUACAACAUCUCAGAAAUUAUGUCCAAAGAGGAAAUAUUAUCAGUGGCGAAAAAAUGUAAAGUGGAAAAUCAGGAUGAAAGCUCUUCUGACAACCUGUGUCCAGAAGACCUGCAGAAGAAUGGAGACUCAAACAGCGUCAUUAAAGACAGAUUGUGUCAAGCUGUACGACACAGUGCCAAGCAAUUCCUUGAUCCAGUACGGAAAUUUAAUGGACAACCGGUGCCUUUUCAGCAGCCAAAGAUUUUUACUGGAGGUGUAAUGCGAUGGUACCAAGUGGAAGGCAUGGAGUGGCUCAGGAUGCUUUGGGAAAAUGGUAUCAAUGGCAUUUUAGCUGAUGAAAUGGGGUUGGGGAAGACGAUCCAAUGUAUUGCAACAAUAGCACUGAUGGUGGAGAGAGGAGUCCCUGGUCCGUUCUUAGUAUGUGGUCCUUUGUCUACUCUUCCAAAUUGGAUGUCUGAAUUCAAGAGAUUUACUCCAGAGAUUCCCCUACUGCUGUAUCAUGGAGCUCAGCAGGAACGUCGUAAACUGGUUCGUAAAAUUCACAGCCGACAAGGAUCACUGCAAAUCCAUCCUGUGGUCAUUACUUCCUUUGAAAUAGCAAUGCGAGACAGAAAUGCCCUGCAGAACUGCUUCUGGAAAUACCUGGUAGUAGAUGAAGGUCACAGGAUUAAAAAUAUGAACUGCCGCCUUAUCAGAGAAUUGAAACGAUUUAAUGCCGAAAAUAAACUCCUGUUGACUGGUACUCCCCUGCAAAACAACUUGGCAGAGCUUUGGUCGUUGCUUAACUUCCUGUUGCCAGAUGUGUUUGAUGAUUUGAAAAGCUUUGAAUCCUGGUUUGAUAUUACCAGCAUUACAGAAACUGCUGAAGAUAUUAUUGCUAAAGAAAGGGAGCAAAACAUCUUGCAUAUGCUACAUCAGAUUCUGACACCUUUCUUACUGAGAAGACUGAAAUCCGACGUUGCUCUUGAAGUUCCGCCUAAACGAGAAGUUGUGGUAUAUGCACCACUGGCAAAGAAGCAAGAAACUUUCUAUACUGCCAUUGUAAAUCGCACCAUUAGGAAACUGUUUGGAAAUAAUGAGGAAGAAGUAGUUGAGUUGAGUCCUUCAGGCCGACCAAAACGCCGUAGUCAAAAACUGGUUAAUUAUUGUGAAGAAAAUACUGGUUCGCCUGAUGACUUGGAAAAACUGAUCAGCAAAAUGCAAGAGGAAACAGAAAAAGAGAGGCCCGUGGUUGAAGUGAGCAUGCCCAUGGAUUCAGAGGUGAACCUGAAACUGCAGAAUAUUAUGAUGUUACUGAGGAAAUGUUGUAAUCACCCCUAUCUUAUUGAAUACCCAUUGGACCCUGCUACACAACAAUUCAAGGUUGAUGAAGAUCUAGUAAAGAACUCAGGCAAGUUUCUACUCUUGGACCGAAUGCUUCCAGAACUGAAGAAGAGAGGACAUAAGGUCGUCUUGUUCUCACAAAUGACUAUGAUGCUUGACAUUUUGAUGGAUUACUGCUAUUUGAGAAACUUCAAAUUUAGUCGAUUGGAUGGCUCUAUGUCCUACUCAGAGAGAGAAGAAAAUAUGCAUCAAUUUAAUACUGACCCUGAAGUCUUCUUGUUCUUAGUGAGUACAAGAGCUGGAGGCUUGGGCAUUAACUUGACUGCGGCAGACACAGUUAUCAUAUAUGAUAGUGACUGGAACCCCCAGUCGGACUUGCAGGCCCAAGACAGAUGUCACAGAAUUGGCCAGACAAAGCCAGUGGUUGUUUAUCGUCUUGUGACUGCAAAUACGAUUGACCAGAAGAUUGUGGAGAGAGCUGCUGCCAAGAGAAAGCUGGAGAAGCUGAUUAUCCACAAAAAUCAGUUUAAAGGUGGCAAAUCUGGUUUAGCACAGUCAAAGAGCUGCCUGGACCCUCAGGAAUUAAUAGAAUUACUGAAAUCCAGAGACUAUGAGAGGGAGGUUAAAGGAUCUAAAGAAAAAGUAAUCAGUGAUAAAGAUCUAGAGUUACUGUUGGAUAGAAGUGAUCUUAUUGAUCAAAUGAAGACCUCAGAAAAGAUGAAAAAGGAAAAAAUGGGUGUCUUCAAGAUCUUAGAAGAAUCAUCAGAUUCCAAUGCAGAAUGCGUGUUUUAAUGUGCAAAUGUGGCCUGUAGUCUUACAGGGCAAACAUAACUGACAUCAGAUCUUCCAGAGAUGUCACUUAAACAUACCGAUCUUUUCUUUAAGGCCUUGUUCAAAUCCCUUGUGUUUUUCCAGUGAAUUUUAACAUGUUCUACAGUGUAAUGCAGGUGAUAGUAUCAUGUUGUAGCUUUGGUAGGCUCAUAAAAAAUCCAGAAAACGCGCAUGUUUCACAUUUGCAGCUAGCUCUUGUGAUCGAUCAAUGGUAAAAACUGGCAGAUUGGUGUAAAAAUCUUCCUGUGGAAGUACUAAAACACUUUUUUAUAUGGUGUCAGUUGUAGGUUUAUUUGGAAGGGAGUCAACAUGUGCCUUUUAUACAGCCAAUUGUGUAGCUUCUGGUUUUAAUUUCUGCAAGUUAUUUUGAUUAAAUAAAUGUCUGGUUUGUCCUAAA